AUCUCCCCUCUCAUUCUCCUCUCUCCUCUCUUAAAAAAAACAAAAAACAAAAAACAAACUGUUGCAUUAUUUGCAGUUACAUCAGCAGUUACAGGGUACUAAACUCAAAAUUUUCUGCAAAAUUUCAAGAUGGGUUUGCCCGCAAUGGACGUCUCCAUAGACAUCAGCACCCAACAACCUCAAGCGGACUCCAAAUGCUACGACGACGAUGGCAAACUCAAAAGAAAAGGGACCGUGUUGACUGCGAGUGCCCAUAUAAUCACAGCAGUUAUAGGCUCGGGGGUUUUAUCACUUGCCUGGGCCAUUGCUCAACUUGGUUGGGUCGCAGGCCCCUCUGUUAUGAUUCUCUUCGCCUUUGUGAUUUACUACACUUCUUCGCUCCUCGCUGACUGUUAUCGGUCUGGUGACCCGAUGACUGGAAAGAGAAACUAUACUUACAUGGAUGCUGUUCAUGCAAAUCUUGGGGGGUUGAAGGUGAAGGUUUGUGGAUUCAUUCAGUACUUGAAUCUUUUCGGAGUUGCAAUUGGAUACACUAUAGCUGCUUCUAUCAGUAUGCUGGCAAUAAAGAGAUCAAACUGUUUUCAUGAGAAAGGGCACAAGAAUCCUUGUCAUAUGAGCAGCACUCCUUAUAUGCUCAUAUUUGGGGCCACGGAGCUUGUUUUUUCACAAAUCCCUGACUUUGAUCAGAUUUCGUGGCUGUCAAUUGUUGCUGCUGUCAUGUCAUUUACCUACUCGUUCAUUGGACUUUCCCUCGGCAUUUUACAAGCUGUUGCUAACGGUGGGAUCAAGGGAAGCCUCACCGGAGUCAGUAUCGGCGCCGUUACCGAGACCCAAAAGGUCUGGAGGAGCCUGCAGGCUUUUGGAGACAUCGCGUUUGCGUAUUCUUACUCCAUCAUUCUCAUUGAAAUCCAGGACACAAUCCGAGCUCCACCGCCAUCGGAAGCCAAGGUGAUGAAGAAGGCCACCCUCGUCAGCGGUCAGGUCCCACGUCUUCUGCUCUGCGGCUGCUCGGUACGCCGCUUCGGCGGACAGCCCAGGAACCACUCGCGGGCUUGGUUUAACCCCUUCUGGUCCAUGAUCGCCAACGCGGAUGUCUCCACCCUCGUGGGCUACCAAGUCUACUGCCAGCCCCUCUUCGCCUUCGUCGAGAAAUGGGCCUCCAACACCUGGCCAAACUCCAAAUUCAUCACCAAGGAAGUCCACAUCCCCCUGGGCACAACAAAGUCCUACGGCCUCAACCUCUUCAGGCUCGUUUGGAGAUCAGCAUUCGUAGCUCUAACCACCGUCAUCUCAAUGCUGCUGCCGUUCUUCAACGACGUCGUCGGCCUGCUCGGUGCUCUUGGGUUCUGGCCGUUGACGGUCUACUUCCCCGUAGAGAUGUACAUUGUGCAGAAGAAAGUGCCCAAGUGGAGCACGAGAUGGGUUUCCUUGAAGAUGCUGAGCCUUGCCUGCUUGGUGGUUUCCAUUGCAGCGGCGUCCGGAUCGAUCGCCGGGGUUGUUUCUGAUCUCAAAGUUUACCGGCCGUUUAAGAGCAGUGACUGAUCGUGUAAUAUUGGAGAUGGGAGGAUAGAGGUAUGGAUACCGUUGGUGAGGAACCAAGAAGAGCAGAGCAAGCGCUGUUGGUUGUUAUUGUUCUUAGAUUUUGGGGUUUAUGUUGUCACUGUAAUUUCAUUAACGAAGUUAAAUAUAUAGAAGAGAUGACGAUUCCCAAAUCAAAA